CCCGGCCCCGGCCCCGGCCCCGGCCCCGGAAGUCUCCGCCCACUGGCCCCGGCAGCCCCCGUCGCCCUGGGCGCGCGGGCUGGGCUCGGGGGCGCGCACGCUGUGCGUGCCGGCCCUCGGGACUGUGCCUGGCGCGGCUGGAAGGCCCGCAGUUUGGCCCGCCAUGUUUCUCUCCGCGGUGCUCCGGGCCCGCGCGGCAGGCCUCACCGCCCAGUGGGGAAGACAUAUAAGGAAUUUGCAUAAGACAGCUGUGCAGAAUGGAGCUGGAGGAGCCUUAUUUGUGCACAGAGAUACUCCUGAGAAUAACCCAGAUACUCCAUUUGAUUUCACACCCGAGAACUAUAAGAGAAUAGAGGCAAUUGUAAAAAACUACCCAGAAGGGCACAAAGCCGCAGCUGUGCUUCCAGUCCUGGAUUUAGCCCAAAGACAGAAUGGGUGGCUGCCCAUCUCUGCUAUGAACAAGGUUGCAGAAGUUUUACAAGUACCUCCAAUGAGAAUAUAUGAAGUAGCAACUUUUUAUACAAUGUAUAAUCGAAAGCCAGUUGGAAAGUAUCAUAUUCAAGUCUGCACUACUACCCCUUGCAUGCUUCGAAACUCCGAAAGCAUACUGGAGGCCAUUCAGAAAAAGCUUGGAAUAAAGGUUGGCGAGACUACACCUGACAAACUUUUCACUCUUAUAGAAGUGGAAUGUUUAGGGGCCUGUGUAAAUGCACCAAUGGUUCAAAUAAAUGACAACUACUAUGAGGAUCUGACACCUAAGGAUAUUGAAGAAAUUAUUGAUGAACUGAAGGCUGGCAAAAUCCCCAAACCUGGGCCAAGGAGUGGACGCUUCUCAUGUGAGCCAGCCGGAGGUCUUACCUCUUUGACCGAACCACCUAAAGGACCUGGCUUUGGUGUGCAAGCAGGCCUUUAAUUUAUAUUCAGCUGUAAAUAUGUCACUGGAGAAAUAAAAAUGUGAAUCUCCUAUCUA